AGGCAAGCCUCCUCCCCAAUCCAUCAUACUCCCUCUCCCACUCAUUAGUUCCUGCCUUACAUCUCUGUGGCUCUGUAGUGUUAAGUUUUACUGGAGGAGGCUCCACUACUUGGUGACAGCAUAAGGAGCUGUCAGUCACUUUCUUCUUUCCUGUACUGAGAACCCAAAAAAGGCACUCUGCUCAGCUGGAACCAAAGGCCACAACAUGGCAUCCGAGAUCCCAGCACUCCCACAGUCCUACGCUCCAGGUAAUGACAGUGUCUUUUCUGACCGGUCUGGCUUUUACUCCAUGGACACCAAUGUUCCAGGACUAUCUAAAUUGAUUCUCAACAAGCUCAACAUGAAGGACUACGGAGAAUACAGGGCUGCCGUUGAGGGAAAGGCUCAAGGAAUCACGUUCCGCAACUACAAGGAGUUGUUUCAGAAGAUGGAGGAGACCUUCAAGUUCUGCACCAGCUGCAACAAACUCCCAGAGCAUCUCACAGAGGGACAGACCCUGAAGCGCUGUGUCAAGUGCUUAAAUGUGUACUACUGCACCAAGGACUGUCAGAAAAAGGACUGGCCUCAGCAUAAAAAGGUCUGCAAGAUGCUGCGUCUGGUUGCCAUUGACAGACUAGUGGAGUGGCUGAUGUUCACUGGGGACCUCCCAUUCUCCACUGAGAAGUGGUCUAAGUCAGUUGCUGAGGUGAAGAAUUGGGAGGACUGGCUUGCCAUGCAGGGGGACCAGACGUCAUGCUUGGAUGCCAUCUUGUCUGGUGCCAACAUGACAGCCCUUUGGAAGAAUGUCAGCAGGCCAAGACCAGAUGACUCUGACCUGCGACAGUCUUUAUGGCGGAUUCAGAGCGAGUUUCUCUCUCGGGUUCUGACAGUUGGGAUGGGCAUUCGACACUUCAGCCUUGACCCCUAUGCUAAGCCACUCACAAUUCACCUAGCAGGGGCAUCUCACAAUGAGACCAUGGGAGCCAGAGUGACUGACUAUGAUGAGUUGAACAAGAUGUCCCCUGGACACCAGGGUAUCGAGAUUGUUAUGGUGGGACCAGAGGUGGUGGAUGGCCCCAUCAUGAGGCCUCCUCUCAGGGCAUUUGGCCCCAAGCAUAGGGUCUACAUCAGUGCCCACAAGGGCCUCUACCACCAGUUUUGGGAAGAUGUGGUGGAGACAGAGGAAGGAGCCAAACCAGAUUUGGUGGUCGGAUUUCACCCUGGGUUCCAUGCUAACCAGGGUCUGAUAGAAGGCUGGCUGCCCACACUUCUGCUACUCAGAGAUUAUAACAUCCCUUGCCUCUUCACUAUGUACAGCGAGAUGGAGCUCAAGUGCUCGCUCCAGAUCCUGUUGGAGUUGGAGAUACACAUCAGGGACAGUGGACCCAAUCCAUUCACCUCACAGAAACCUGAGCAGGUCCAGUCCUGCCCCAAUAAAACUCCAGUCUACUGCAACUCUCACUACAUCUUUUUCCAGGGGAUUCUGCCUCAAGAAGACGUAGAGGAGCCUGGGCCAAACAAUUAAGAGGCCAUCAUAAGGAAAACCCUGUUCUUGUUGUGCUACGAGUCCUUCACUUUAAGGAUGUGGUUUUCAAAAUAGGUUUUGGGGACUUUCCAGAGGUCCUUGGGGGCUUUCCUAUAGCCUUCUUAGCUGUGCUAUGACUUGGCACAUGAUGAUGAAGCUUGGAUUCUCAAUUCGGGCAGAGACAGAGAAGAAAAACAUACUAAACACUGCCCUUUCAAUUCAGAAAUGAUUUAUUAAUAACUAUAGAAAUCACCCAAACUCAUUAUUUAUGAUGAUGGCACCUGAGGACAUCAGUUGGGCACAAAGAUUUGUACUCUCUGUGCCCCAAGCUGGCGUGCUGAUUGGAAAUAAAGGGUCGUGGAUGUACAUAGGUAAUAAGACCAAAAUUAGUUCAGUCAUCAUUUGAUGGCUCCCUGUAAACUGUUACGGUUAGACCUAUUCCCAGAUCUCGUAAUCACGGCGUGAAAUCAGAUCAUAUGCAUACUAAUGUAACACAUGCUGUAAAAGUACACGUAAAUAAAUGAUGCAGUGCCACAGUGCCUGAAUUUGACUAAACCAUGUUUUCAUUUUUGUGAUUCUGCUUCUUGUUUGUAGCUGUUGCAGGACACAGUGCAUGUUCUGCCUACAUUCGUGGCUCUGUGCAGCUUGUGUUCAUGCUUCAGACGUGUGAUCACCAUUUGUCUUCUCUAAUAGACAAUAUAAUAGCUCCACAGACAAUUCCAGCCUUUUCCCCCGACCGAUAAUAAUAAAAAGGCAGAAAAAGCCAAGCAGCAUUUGUUUGACAUCUGUUUUCAGUUUUAUUCAGGCUUGAUAACAGUAACACCAGACAAUACAGUGCAAUCUGAAAAACAGCGUGAGUCACAGGCUUAAAAAUUGCCCUAAGAUAAAUCAUUGUCUGUCUCACACAGUCUCAAUAAAACUGAAUACCUAUUGCAGGCCCAUUGUCAGGAAUUGCAUUAUAUUACGAGGCACAAAACAAAUCACAGGAUGUCUACCUCUGUAGCUUUAAAAAUGCCACUUUAUGACUACAAACUAGACCUACUUUCCGCAAACAUUUCAGAUAACGCUUUGUGUGAUCUCUUCCCUCGUAGGUGCACAUUCAGAAUUUCCAAGCAAGGAGUGGAAUGGCUUGAUUUUCUUAUAAUGUGACAGUAGCCAACUGGCACAUUAGACCAAUUAGUGAACCUGCCAAAGUGAUUUAUUAAUUAUUCAAUCUUAUCAUUAUGAUCUCCUCGUGUGCAGUGAAUCAGUUCUAAAUGAAUAAUGAAAACAGCUUCACGUGGGUGAUGAGUCCACAACUCAGAUAUUACUAACCUAAAUGUGACAAUCAGUGCUCUAUGUAUGGCAUCCUGCUUUAGAAAACAAACACACCAUCGCUUCUCUGUCUGCAUGUGUUUCUUGUCUUGCUUCAUAAGAAGAGGACAUGUUCUUAUACUGCUGGUACAGCCUUCACAGUGUGACACUGCCCUCUACUGGAAGCAAGUGAUAAAAGCACACAGAAACAAUAGUUGUGUUAUUAAUAUUGAAAGUGAUGUAGAGAUAUGAUAUACAUAGUUUUACAUGUCACUGUGCCCCCAUGUUCUAAAACAAACAUUGCAAAAGUUCUCUAUUGGAAUCCCCAUGGGGUAAAACAUGGUAAAGUACCCUUACAGCAUCCAAAUAGUUAAAGGUCCAGUGUGUAAGAUACAGAGGGUCUGUAUUUACAGACAUGGCAGAAAUUGAACUAUGUUUUAAUUAGUGUAUAACCACCUGAAAACAAUAACUGCUGUAAUAAUAACUCUUUUUUUUACUUCAGAAAGAGUCUUUUAUCUACAGACAGACACCACAUGUCCUCUUCAUGGAUGUGUAAAGAGUAGGAGACACAGCGUUGUAGGUGGGGCUCCAUUCAAUCUCAUAUAAAAGCUGCUCAGUAGUGCAUGAAGCCAAAAAGUUUCAUUUCCCGGGCAUGAACUGCUUAUGCUUACACAUUGUGUGGCCCAUAGAGCAAACGCACUAGAGGCUUAUGCUGGCCAAGCCGUUUACUUCUGGCUUAACCCUCCACUAACUUGAAUGGAGAUUUUUUAAAAAUGAUUUAAAUGUGCUGUUGUUUUCUGAUGGUCCUCCAGGAUGCUCCUAUAGUUCACAGUCCAGCUAAUAAACUGGGGUAACAUUAUACUAACAGCAGCAAUAGUUGCAGCACUUUACUUUACUGCCGAUCAGUACACUCUAUAAAUGACUGAGAGUUAAUGUCACGCAGCCAAAAGGACAGAGGGAGAGCAGAAAACAUUUUCUCCAUAAAAAUAUGAUCCAGUUUCACAAAAAAAAAGUGAAAUAUUUGGUGGUGUACCAGGAGUCCAAAGUUACAUAGUGCAGAAACAGAGAGUCACCAUUCACCAUUACACAUGAGUGUAGCUUCAAAAUGAUUUACUUUUAUUACAGUUUUUUUCCAUUUGCUUAAACACAAUUUUGCAAACUAGUCUGGUUUUAUCAAAACACU